AUGGUCUUCAAAAGAGAAAUAUGCUCCUUAUUUCCAAGGGAAUAUGAGCGAUGGGAGUCCAAUGGUAUUAAAUGGGUGGUACAAGACCUGCCGCCUGAAGAUGACGAGAAAGCCCUAGAGAUUUUCGGUACUGACUUUUGCGACGAUGAAGUCCUGUGCUCUACCAGCCGUUUGAGUAGCAAUCCCAAAAGCCUUCAAGGUAUUUUAGAUUUCUGGCGACACUGUAUAACACAGCGCACGAGUCUCGCUUGCUACGCAGAAGAAAACGGCGUCAGAAGUCUCGUUGCCGUUAAUGUGUGCGUCCCUGAACAGAAAGGAGAAACCGAUAAUAACGUUGAGAUAGAAGGUGAGGAAUGGCAAAAUGUGUACCACGCGCUGGAGUUCGCAGAAGCUAAAUGUGAUCCAUAUGAGUACCUGAAUCUGGAUAUGGUACUGGGCGCUUACGGAUUGCUAGUGAAAAGAGAAUACAGAGGAGCUAAGCUCGGGGCCAGGUUAUUGAAUGCAAGAGAGCCUCUUUCUAAUGUCCUGGGUAUAAAAGCAACGUCGACAGUUUUCACCGGUAUAUCGUCACAGAAGUUGGCCGCUAAAUGCGGAUUCACGACGAUUGCGGAAGCGUCUCUCAGUGAAAUGGCCGAGGCGGGUCUUAAAUAUCCGAAAGAUGACCAAAGAACAAUAAAGUUAAUGGUGAAAAAAUACAAAUAG